CUCGGAGCCUCCUCUAGCUGCUCUGGGGCUGCUCCGAGGCCCGGGGCCCGCGGUCCCGGCGCCAUGCGGGCAUCGCUGCUGUUGUCGGUGCUGCGGCCCGCAGGGCCAGUGGCCGUGGGCAUCUCCCUGGGCUUCACUCUGAGCCUGCUCAGCGUCACCUGGGUGGAGGAGCCGUGCGGCCCAGGCCCGCCCCAACCCGGAGAUUCUGAGCUGCCGCCGCGCGGCAACACAAACGCGGCACGCCGGCCCAACUCGGUGCAACCUGGAGCAGAGCGCGAGAAGCCCGGGGCCGGCGCAGGAGCCGUGGAGAACUGGGAGCCGCGCGUAUUGCCCUAUCACCCCGCACAGCCUGGCCAGGCCGCCAAAAAGGCCGUCAGGACCCGCUACAUCAGCACGGAGCUGGGCAUCAGGCAGAGGCUGCUCGUGGCAGUGCUGACCUCACAGGCCACAUUGCCCACACUGGGCGUGGCGGUGAACCGCACGCUAGGGCACCGGUUAGAGCGCGUGGUGUUCCUGACAGGCUCGCGGGGCCGCCGGGCACCACCGGGCAUGGCCGUGGUGACGCUGGGCGAGGAGCGGCCCAUUGGGCACCUGCACCUGGCACUGCGCCACCUGCUGGAGCAACACGGAGACGACUUUGACUGGUUCUUCCUCGUGCCCGAUGCCACCUACACCGAGGCGCACGGACUGGCGCGCCUAGCUGGCCACCUCAGCCUGGCAGCCGCUGCCCAUCUCUAUCUGGGCCGGCCCCAGGACUUCAUCAGUGGAGAGCCCGCCCCAGGCCGCUAUUGCCACGGUGGCUUUGGGGUGCUGCUGUCGCGCACACUGCUGCAGCAGCUGCGCCCCCACCUGGAAGCCUGUCGCAACGACAUUGUCAGUGCGCGCCCGGAUGAGUGGCUGGGCCGUUGCAUUCUCGAUGCCACCGGGGUGGGCUGCACUGGCGACCACGAGGGGGUACACUACAGCUACCUGGAGCUGAGCCCUGGGGAGCCUGUUCAAGAAGGGGACCCUCGAUUCCGCAGUGCCCUGACGGCCCACCCUGUACGUGACCCUGUGCACAUGUACCAGCUGCACAAGGCUUUUGCCCGAGCUGAGCUGGAACGCACAUACCAGGAGAUCCAGGAGUUACAGUGGGAGGUGCAGAACACCAGCCGCCUUGCAGCCGAUGGGGAACGGGCAGCCGCCUGGCCCGUGGGCAUCCCGGCGCCAUCCCGCCCGGCCUCCCGCUUUGAAGUGCUACGCUGGGACUAUUUCACAGAGCAGCACGCUUUCUCCUGCGCUGAUGGCUCACCUCGCUGCCCGCUGCGUGGGGCUGACCAGGCCGAUGUGGCUGACGUUCUGGGAGCAGCCCUGGAGGAGCUCAACCGCCGAUACCACCCUGCCCUACGCCUUCAGAAGCAGCAGCUGGUGAAUGGCUACCGACGCUUCGAUCCUGCCCGGGGUAUGGAGUACACUCUGGACUUGCAGCUGGAGGCCUUGACCCCCCAGGGCGGCCGCCGGCCCCUCACCCGCCGGGUGCAGCUGCUACGGCCACUGAGUCGCGUGGAGAUCUUGCCCGUGCCCUAUGUCACCGAGGCCUCACGUCUCACUGUAUUGCUGCCACUGGCUGCGGCCGAGCGUGACCUGGCCCCUGGCUUCCUGGAGGCCUUCGCCACAGCUGCACUGGAGCCUGGAGAUGCUGCGGCAGCCCUGACUCUGCUGCUACUAUAUGAGCCACGACAGGCCCAGCGGGCAGCCCAUGCAGAUGUCUUUGCCCCUGUCAAGGCCCACGUGGCAGAGCUGGAGCGGCGUUUCCCCGGUGCCCGGGUGCCCUGGCUCAGCGUGCAGACAGCCGCACCUUCACCACUGCGCCUCAUGGAUCUGCUCUCCAAGAAGCACCCGCUGGACACGCUGUUCCUGCUGGCGGGGCCAGACACUGUGCUCACGCCCGACUUCCUGAACCGCUGCCGCAUGCACGCCAUCUCUGGCUGGCAGGCCUUCUUUCCCAUGCACUUCCAGGCCUUCCACCCGGCCGUGGCCCCACCCCAGGGCCCCGGACCCCCGGAGCUGGGCCGAGACACAGGCCGCUUUGAUCGCCAGGCGGCCACCGAGGCCUGCUUCUACAAUUCCGACUACGUGGCGGCCCGAGCGCGGCUGGCGGCGGCCUCGGAGCAGGAGGAGGAGCUGCUGGAGAGCCUGGAUGUGUAUGAGCUGUUCCUGCGCUUCUCCAGCCUGCACGUCCUGCGGGCGGUGGAGCCGGCGCUGCUGCAGCGCUAUCGGGCCCAGACGUGCAGCGCGCGGCUCAGCGAGGACCUGUACCAUCGCUGCCGCCAGAGCGCGCUCGAGAGCCUCGGCUCCCGCACCCAGCUGGCCAUGCUGCUCUUCGAGCAGGAGCAGGGCAACAGCACCUGACCCCGGAACCCUGGCAAGGCGGCCGCCUCUCCUCCCCCAACGACCCGGAGCCACCUGCCAGCCUCACUGGGCAGGGCUGGCCUCAGCCUCAGACCCCAGGGCAGCCUACUGGCGCCGUCCCUCUCUGGCCUGGGUGGGUGGGUGGGGGGCCUUGGGCUCAGGACAAGCCCUGGAGGAGGUGCCCCUGGAGCCACCCCUUUCUGCCCUAAACCCGGUCUCUCUGCCCCCUUGACGCUGCUGAUUCAGGCUGUGGCCUCUGAGUAUUUAUGCAGUGCAGUCUGCCUGACGCCAGCCGUGCCUCCCAGGGUCCCUCCCAGGGUCACCCCAGGAGCUGGGCUGUAGAUGAGUUGUUGGGAAAGGGGGGGAGCUGAAAGAGGAAAGUGGGCAUCUCCCAACUUCUCCCCUCUGCACUCCUAAUGAAGCUCCCUGCCCUUAAUAAACUGGCUGAGUGUGGA